AUGAGCGAGGUUUACUCGAACGCGUUAUGCACUAUAUCUGCGGCGGAUGCACCCGAUAGUUAUCACUCGCUCUUCUCCGAUAGAAACCCUGAUAUUGUUAGCCCUCCCACUACGCACCUAUGGAUUGACGGCAAGCUUGCUCGCUAUGAGUUUUCCGAUUGGGACCUCUGGAGAGUAGAAGUGCUGCAGGCGAAAGUUAACACCCGUGCCUGGGUUCUCCAAGAACGCCUUCUAUCUCCCCGCAUCCUGUACUUUGGCGCGCGCCAGGUCUUUUGGGAGUGUGUCACCAAGGAGGCUGCUGAGACUAAUCCUGCCGGCCUAACGGGAGGUAGCGUAGGAAGCGAUGUCUCCACUGGACGCGGCAUCAGGGCCGCACUACUCUCCGCCCAAGACGCCGACGUUGACAGCAUACUCUCAUACCACUGGCCUAAUGUGGUUAAGCUCUUCACGCACUGCGACCUUACAUUCUCUCGCGAUAAGCUCGUGGCUGUCUCAGCUCUCGCGAGGAUGAUGUCAACGAUUUCCGGCGAGGAUUACGUUGCAGGAAUGUGGAAACGUACACUAGAGCGGAAUCUCCUCUGGUUCAAAUCGAGGAAUGGUGCAUCUAGGGUCCAACCUCAGGUAGACGCUGGUAUAUACCGCGCUCCAAGCUGGUCGUGGGCUUCUGUGGACGGCCAGAUUGAACCUGGAAGGAUCUCGGGCACCAGACGCAGGGAUGUCUUAAUCAAAGCGGAAGAUAUGAAGCUGGACUACGUCACAGAUGAUAGGAUGGGAACGAUACAGGGAGGAUGGCUGAGGCUCCGCGGCACUCUACUAUCCGUGAAGUUGUUACGACUAGACAACCCGCCCAGGCCUGAGGACGGUGCUUCCUGGGGUAUCUGGAUUGAUUGGACUCCAAACAAGCUGCAGGGCUUAAAUUACGCGGCCGAGAGUGAAACGGAUCUAGAUGUUAUCUUGGACCGUCCUAGGGAUAGCUUUGACCAGGAUAACGAAAACGGCAGCUUGUUCUCGGCCCAUUAUUUCGUCGCAUCGGAUGCCUCCUAG